AUAUUAUUGAAAUUUAUUUGUGACAUUAAUAAAUAUAAAAGGACUCUUCCGGGGACGGCAUCUAGAGGCAUUCAGGAUGGUGCAGCGUCUGACGUACUGUCAUAGGCUGUCCUACAAUACAGCCUCUAACAAAACCAGGCUGUCCCGAACCCAUGGUAAUAGAUUUGUUUACUUUUAUACCAAGAAGUUUGGGAAAGCACCAAAAUCCGCAUGUGGUGUGUGCGCAGGCCAACUUAGAGGCGUUCGUGCCGUGAGACCUAAAGUUCUCAUGAGGUUGUCUAAAAUGAAGAAACACAUCAGCCGAGCCUAUGGUGGUUCCAUGUGUGCUAAAUGUGUCCGGGACAGGAUCAAGCGCGCUUUCCUUACUGAAGAGCAGAAGAGCGUCGUGAAAGUAUUGAAAGCACAAGCACAGAGUCAGAAAACUAAAUAAAAAAUGAACCAUUUUUGAGUAAUAAAUACAAAAAAUAAAUAUAAAAGGAGAAUAAAAGAAAGCUAAAGAUAAGGUGUAUGAAGAAUAAAAACAGUCUGGCUCACAAGGGACAGGUUCCUGGUUUGUUUCCGGGGUUUUUGGGGUACUCUUCCCCACUGGAGAUAUGCUCCCCUAGCAUGGAGCGCACCUCUGCAUGCCUUUCUUCCAGAGUCUCUGGUCUCCUAGUGCUGACCUGUCUCCCUGUCUAAGGAGCCCUGGUGCCUAUCCUGCCUUGAGUCCUCCCUGGAGCAGGUGGGUCAUCUCUUCUCGUUGUUAUUCCGUUGCUAAGUUGUGUCUGACUCUUUGCAACCCCAGGGACUAGAGCAUGCCAGUCUCCCCCGUCCACUGUCUCCCAGAGUUUGCUCAAAAUCCUGUCCAUUGAGUCGGUGAUGCUACCUAACCAUUUCAUCCUCUACCUUGUCCUUUUGCCUUCAGUCUUUCCC